AUGUGCACGCCGAUAAGCAUACACAGGAAUCUUCUUAAAGUCGCCGAGCUGGUCAAAAUGGAAUGCGUCAGGAAGGAAGAGCCCAAGUACAAAUUGGUGAAACUCAUUGGCAAGGGCACCUUUGGGAAGGUCUACUACGCUAUUGACCUGUGCACGCAGGAGCCCGUCGCGAUUAAGCGGUCCCCCAAGUGGCGGAACAAAGUCUCGAGGGAAGUCGACCUGCUGCAGAAGAUGCGGCACAGCGAAAACAUAGUAAAUUUAAAAUCCAUUUUUUACACCACCACGGAGAAGGGCUUUCGUAUACAGAACAUCGUCUUCAAGUACAUGACGUACAGCCUGGGCAAGUACAUCAGAUUUAAGAAGCAGGAGCGGAAGGAAAACAACCAAAUAUGCAAAGGGAUCAAGCACCUGCACGAGCACAAUUUAGCUCACAGGGAUUUGAAGCCGGACAACAUUUUGAUCGAUACAGGCUCAUCCCCAUUUAAAGUGGAAAUAUGCGAUUUGGGAUCUGCAAAGAAAGUUGAAGAAAGCAUCAUCUCGAUUCCGUACAUCUGCUCGAGGUGGUACCGGGCACCUGAGUUGCUGUGCGGCUCCAUGUAUUACACGACGGACGUAGACCUAUGGUCCCUGGGGUGCAUAAUUUUCGAGCUGAUAAACCUCUGCCCGCUGUUCCCCGGGAAGUUCAAAAAGGACGACAUAUCCGAAGAAUGCUCACAAAUUAUAAAUUUAAUUGAAGUGCUGGGAUCCCCCCGAAUGUAUACCGUCGCGGAAGAGACAGACAUUUGGUCGUCACGACGAAUCGAUUUAUUCGAAGUGAAGAGUUUUUACGAAAGUAUAAAGGGCCAAACUAGUAACAGGAACAAUCGCCUCAUCAAGGAACUGUGCGGACUGAACAUUCGGCCCCUGUCCUGGAGCUCCAUCCUGGGGGACAUCUUGGAGGAAAGUGAACGGGAGCUAAUCGGCAUCGUAGAUGGCCUUUUGAAAUGGAAUCCAAAUGAAAGGUUAAAAAUUGACGCAGUUUUGAGUAACCCUUACUUUGCUACAUGA